AUGGGUGAGAAGCAAGAAGCUGUACCUGAUGAGCCGCGAUCAACCAAAAUGUGCAAUACACCUCGAGAACACUCUUACAAUGCCGGCAUAGCCGCCGAGAGAACAGCCCCCCACAGUAGCAUCGAGAGAAGUGCAUCGCGGCCAAGUAUAAUCAUUGAUACGCCGCCAGAUGGUGGCGCCAGAGCGUGGAUGGUAGUUUUUAGCACAUUUCUAGUUGUUAUGAACACCUGGGGGGUUGCAAACUCCUUUGGCGUCUUUCAGCCAUACUUCACCAGAGCGUUUUCGCGGUCACAGUCCGAUGUCUCGUGGAUCGGGUCAUUUGAAGUGUUCCUGCUCUUUUUCGUCGGGACGUUUACGGGACGAUGGACAGAUAUGGGAUUCUUUCGUCCCUUGUUCAUCGCCGGCUUCUUCCUUGUCAUCUUGGGAAUGGUUGCUGCCUCGUUUUGUACCACCUACUGGCAAUUCUUUCUCGCCCAGGGUAUCUGCCUAGGCCUCGGAAACGGCUGUCUGUUCUGUCCCUGUAUGGCAGUGACAUCUACGUACUUUGCGAAGCGUCGCUCAUUGGCGUUCGGCCUCACAGCCGCUGGGGCUGUUGUCGGAGGUCUCACUAUCCCGAGCAUGGUUCGGCAGCUUUUGCCAAGGAUAGGGCUUGGCUGGACCAUUAGAGCUAUUGCCUUGAUUCAGGUUGUGACUUUGAUAGUUGCUGGCCUACUAAUCAAGACCAGGAUUCCACCACGGCAGGCAGCACCUCUAGUAGAGUGGGCAGCCUUUAGAGAAUCAGAGUAUAGUCUCUAUGCUAUUGGGGCGUUCAUGUGCUUCUGGGGAACCUAUUUUGCCUUCCACUUUCUUGCGGCAUUCUCCCGGGACGUCUUGGGACUAUCCUACACAGACUCACUUGACCUAUUAUUGGUUCUCAACGGUGUGGGUGCACUCGGAAGGUGUCGGAUUAGAAGUCCAAUUCGACCGCGGCAUACAGCCGACUGCGCAGGGGCUAAUUGGGGGCCCUAUUUACGAUUAUCGUAG